CGCUCCCGCCACCCAAAUCCCCCACUUCCCGUCCGUCUCAUGGUCCUCUCCCCUGCCCGGCCAAUCCCGAAUCCAACCCAAACCCUAGCCCCCGGCGGCUGGCCGGCGCGCGCGAUGCCCACCACCGCCUUCUCCUUCGUCUCCGCGUCGCCCCCACCGUGGUGCCCGCGUCCGUCUCCUCGCCCCGCCCGCGUCCGCCUGCCCCCGCCGAGGAGCGGUGGUGGGGGCGGAGGGGACGAGCCCACGACCACCCCGUGGGUGAGCCCCGACUGGGUCACGUCGCUCUCGCGCGCGGCGGCCACGCGCCUCGGCCGGGGUGGCGACGAUUCGGGGAUCCCAGUCGCGUCCGCCAAGCUGGAUGACGUGCGCGACCUCCUCGGCGGCGCGCUCUUCCUGCCGCUCUUCAAGUGGUUCCGCGAGGACGGGCCGGUGUAUCGUCUCGCUGCGGGGCCGCGGGACUUCGUCGUUGUCAGCGACCCCGCCGUCGCCAAGCACGUCCUGCGUGGGUACGGGUCGCGCUACGAGAAGGGGCUCGUCGCCGAGGUCUCCGAGUUCCUCUUUGGGUCCGGGUUCGCCAUCGCUGAGGGCGCGCUAUGGACGGUGAGACGCAGAGCAGUUGUGCCAUCUCUACACAAACGAUUUCUGUCGAUGAUGGUUGAAAAAGUAUUUUGUAAAUGCGCCGAGAGAUUAGUGGAGAAACUUGAGGCAUAUGCUUCGAGGGGUGAACCUGUCAAUAUGGAGGCGAGGUUUUCUCAGAUGACUUUGGAUGUGAUUGGUUUGUCAUUGUUCAACUACAAUUUUGAUUCCCUGACAUCAGAUAGUCCUGUCAUUGACGCUGUUUAUACUGCACUCAAAGAAGCAGAGCUUCGUUCUACAGAUCUUCUGCCAUACUGGAAGAUUGAUUUGCUGUGCAAGAUAAUUCCUAGACAGAUUAAAGCAGAAAAUGCAGUUAACAUCAUAAGGAACACUGUUGAAGAACUGAUUAUGAAGUGUAAGGAAAUUGUAGAAGCUGAAAAUGAACAGAUUGAGGGCGAGGAAUAUAUAAAUGAGGGAGAUCCUAGCAUCCUGCGUUUCCUACUUGCUAGCCGAGAUGAGGUCUCCAGUGUACAGUUACGUGAUGAUCUCUUGUCAAUGUUAGUUGCCGGUCAUGAAACAACAGGUUCUGUACUGACAUGGACUAUUUAUCUUCUCAGUAAGGAUUCAGCAGCACUAAGGAGAGCUCAAGAUGAGGUAGACCGUGUUCUUCAAGGUAGACUCCCCAGAUAUGAAGAUGUUAAAGAGCUGAAGUACUUGAUGCGCUGUAUAAACGAGUCUAUGCGGCUAUAUCCACACCCUCCUGUGCUGUUAAGGCGUGCAAUAGUUGAUGAUGUGCUUCCUGGAAACUAUAAGAUUAAGGCUGGUCAAGAUGUUAUGAUUUCAGUGUACAAUAUACACAGGUCCCCUGAGGUAUGGGAUAGGGCAGAUGAAUUUGUUCCAGAGAGAUUUGAUUUAGAGGGACCUGUUCCAAAUGAGUCAAACACGGAUUUCAGGUUUAUCCCAUUCAGUGGAGGUCCUCGCAAAUGUGUUGGAGAUCAGUUUGCUCUUUUAGAAGCAAUAGUGGCACUUGCAAUCGUGUUGCAGAAAGUGGACAUUCAGCUUGUGCCAGAUCAAAAGAUUAACAUGACCACUGGGGCUACAAUUCAUACAACCAAUGGACUGUAUAUGAAUGUAGGACUGCGUAAAGUUCAGCCUGAACCUGAUUUAGCACUGAGUGAAUCGAAAUAGAUGGAGAAGUGCAGCAGCGGCUACAUGAUUGCCAACAUGAUUGUGGAUGUCACAGCGUACAAAUUCUGGGAACUUGAAAGAAGAUACCAUUCGCUUGCCGAUUCUUUGGGCCAUUGUAAUCAGUGUUUUAUAUCUUUCUCAUACGCUUAGAUCCGGAUGAACUCGAGCAAUAACGUUUCAGGGAAAGCCCUCCAUGCGUCAUUCUAGGCUUAAGAGAGCAAUACGGCCGAAACGGACA